GUUGGUUUCCCUCCUCGGGUCCAAAUCCAAAGCUACGACGUAAUACAUGCUUGUAUUGUAUGUUUCCUUUCAGCUAAACAUGAUUUCUAUUUUCUCACUGUGUAGUGAGGGCCAAAAUGCCAAUUAUUUCCGAAUAGAUUUCACCAAAUCAAUCCCCAAAACAAGCCUCUAAAUCAACCAAUGGAGGACGAUUCUGGUUCCAGUUCAGAAGACCCUGUGAUCGAAACCCUAAGAAGCAGAGGAUGGUGCUUGAAGGACUGGGACCAAGUCAAGGCCAUCGUCAUGAUCCACUCCGCCCUCGCUGACGACGGCGCUGCCGCCUCUUCGGUUGUGGAUUCCGUCGAAUCGGAGCUUUCAAACAUGGACCUCAAAUCCAUCGGAGCCAAGUCCUUACCCGAACCGUCCAUUAUUCGAAAAUCGUCCCAUCUUGUUGGCCCCAAAGUCCUGCAGAUAUCUUCGGUGAGAGACGUCUCCAGAAGUUGUAUACAGGAUUUGGGGAGAAAUUCUGGUGGGCAACGACUUUUGAGACUUGGUCUUACUGAUGGGGUUACGGAGAUAACUGCUAUUGAGUUCUCUCAUGUCCCUGCAAUUCCUGAUGAUGUCGUUCCCGGUACUAAGGUCCGUUUAGAAAAAAAAGCCACAAUCCGUAGCGGUUUGGUUUGUUUGAAUCCUAAGGUAAUAACAUUGAUCGGAGGUGUUGUUUCGUCACUUUACGAAGAAUGGCAGAUGAAUAGAAAAUAUUCUGGUUUCUCAAGGUCCUCUUUAAGGCUAUCCAAAGAAAGUGAUGACGCAGGUCCUCCUCCAUUUGUUAAGUUGCAAAUUGGGGGGUCACACCGUCCAUUAGUGCAGAAAGAUUAUGCUGGUUCGAACUCCAAGAAUGGUGGGCCUACUGCUGUUAAGAUAACUCCUGAGAUUAGGCCAACUGAAGGGAAGGAUAACCUUCAAUGGAAAGCAAGCGGCAUCGAUAAGAAUAAGAAACCAACUUCCCCUACUGAAAGAACUGAAGAGAAACCAAGUAGCUCUGUAGCAAGGCCAGAAGAAGAUUAUGCUGGUUCGAACUCCAAGAAUGGUGGGCCUAAGAGAACUCCUGAGAUUAGGCCAACUGUAGGGAAGAAUAACCUUCAGUGGAAAGCAACUGGCAUCGAUAAGAAUAAGAAACCAACUUCCCCUACUGAAAGAACUGAAGAGAAACCAAGUAGCUCUGUAGCAAGGCCAAAAGAAGAUUAUGCUGGUUUGAACUCCAAGAAUGGUGGGCUGACUGCUGUUAAGAGAACUCCUGAGAUUAGGCCAACUGUAGCAAGGCCAAAAGAAGAUUAUGCUGUUUCGAGCUCCAAGAAUGGUGGGCCUACUGCUGUUAAGAGAACUCCUGAGAUUAGGCCAACUGAAGGGAAGGAUAACCUUCAAUGGAAAGCAAAUGGCAUUGAUAAGAAUAAGAAACCCACUCCCCCUACUGAAAGAACUGAAGAGAAACCAAGUAGCUCUGUAGCAAGGCCAAAAGAAGUAGCCGAAUAUGUACCAAUUCAAAACCAAGCAGCUUCACAAAAGCUCCUCCAGAAAUUGAAUAACCAGAACCAGAAUGGUGGGAAAUAUAAAGGUAGAAAAUGUGAAUGGAAGGAAAAACAAGAAGAGCCAUCAACAUUAACUCUCGAUGAAUGGGAAAGAGGAAAAGCCGGUGCAAAGCUUCUUAUAGGAAAUGAGCAUCCGGACAUCAGUCGUGACGAGGAUCUAGCAUGGCAGCUUCAAAACCAAUUUGAUUUGGAAGACUCUAAUGUACAGAGGGGUCCUUAUAAUGUGGAUGAGGAUAUAAGAAUGAGCAUGUUCAACUACAACAGAGACGACGACAGGGUUCGUGGGACGGAGCAUGAAGGCGGUAGAAGGGGAAGGGGAAGGGGAAGGGGAAGGGGAAGAGGAAGAGGGCGGGGAAAAUGAAGAUUUUCUUAUCAAAUUUUUCUCCCGUUCUUUCUUUUAUUCUCAUUUUCUCUUGUCGUGUCAGGUAAUUUAUGUGUAGUGUCGCAAUGAAGCUUCAAAUUUUGCAUUUACAAAAUUAUGUUUGCACAGUAACGCUUUGUUUUUUCCGCUGGUUAAAAUUUCGUGUUCUUCUGUUUCUUUUAUAUUGACAUCUUUACGAGUCUAU